AUGCAAAACGCAAAAAAUACAAAUGAAUGGGUCAAUUGGAUUGAAGAAUCUAUAUCUAAAGAAUAUUAUAGACUUUAUGAACAAAAACAUUUUAGUAAAAUUCAAAAAGUUGGAACUGGAGGAUUCGGAAAAGUUUAUCGUGCAAGUUGGAAAAAUUCACAAUAUUUUGCGUUGAAAUCUUUUUUUAAUCUUGAUGACGUUACUGCAAAAGAAAUCGUUCAUGAG